CCCGUCUUUAGUAAAGAGUAUAAAACAUUCACGCACGAUAUCUGCUAUUCAGUCGCCAACUGGAGUUGCUGCGGUGCAGAGUUUUGUGGCAGUAUUGGAUUAUAAAUAUCGCAGAAAGUGAAACGAUAAACUAUGAAGCACUGGCAUUCAAUGCUUAUGAUAAUGUGUCUGUUAUGGCACUCAGCCCAAGCACAUCCACCAAACGGUGCUCGUGCCGCGGUAACCUCGAACGCAGCCGAAUGUGCCGAAAUCGGAAUGAGCAUGCUUGAUCAAGGUGGUUCCGUAGCUGAUGCGGCUAUCGCUACGCUGUUAUGUGAAGGCGUUUCAAUUCCCCAGAGUAUGGGUAUCGGCGGUGGAUUCGUACUGACCAUCUAUAACAAAGCGUCGGGCAUCGUAGAGUCCUUGGACUCGCGGGAGGUCGCUCCGGCUGCAGCCACUAAAAAUAUGUACGUCGGAAAUGGCAAAGCCGCCAUUGAAGGUGGACUAUCGAUUGCCGUUCCUGGGGAACUCAAGGGCUACUGGGAGUUGCAUCAAAAGUAUGGCAAACUGCCAUGGAAAAAGUUAGUUGAACCGACGAUCACUUUGUGUACCAAGGGGUCUCUGGUGACAGAUUAUUUGGAGAAAAUUUUGUCCUCUAAGAAGUCGUCACUUUUAUCGGAUCGAGCGCUAGCAAACAUAUUCAUUAACCCAAAUACCAACGACACCUGGAAGGCGGGAGAUCGUAUUAAGCGACCAGCAUUGGCAGAAUCUUUGAAAGUGAUUGCAGUGGAAGGGGCAGGUGCUUUAUAUAGUAAAAGUGGAUCACUUUUGCCCAAAUUAAUGCAAGAUUUGAAGAAAGCAGGUAGCAUCCUAACGGAAAGUGAUUUUUAUAAUUACAGACCUGAGUGGGUAAAGCCGGCACGAGCCACGCUACGGAACAGCUUCAAUUUGCAUUCUAUGCCACUUCCAGGCAGUGGUCCUAUUCUUAGCUAUAUGUUAUCGAUUCUGGACGGCUACAAAGAUCUUUCAAUCGAUGAUGAUCUCACCUGGCAUCGAAUUGUUGAGAGCUUUAAACAUGGGUACGGCUUACGAACAAAAGUAGGAGAUCCUCGCUUCGUUAACUCGGUGAACAACGUGCUGCAAAAAAUGACCAAUAAAAAUUACAUCGCCUACAUUCGGGACAUGAUAGUGAGCAACAUGACGUUCGAUAGUUAUGACUAUUAUGGAGCAGAUUUUGCUGGCUUGCAGGAUCAAGGAACCGCGCACGUAUCGGUGUUGGCAGCCAAUGGAGACGCAGUAUCGGUAACAAGCACAAUUAAUUAUCUGUUUGGCUCAUUAAUAAUUUCACCUUCGACUGGUAUCAUUCUCAACGAUGAGAUGGACGAUUUUUCAACACCGGGUGUAGUGAACGCCUAUGGGUUAUCGCCUUCUCCGGCUAAUUUUAUCGUACCAGGAAAACGGCCUCUUUCCUCCAUGUCUCCGACAAUCAUAACUGAUCGUGAGGGUGAUGUCAGGAUGGUAAUUGGUGGUGCAGGAGGAUCAAGGAUAACGACCGCCACGGCAUUGGUUAUAGUUAGACACCUGUAUUUUAAACAAAGCCUUUGUGAUGCAAUCAAUGCACCACGAAUCCAUCAUCAAUUAGCACCCAUGCAGGUGGAACAUGAGAAGGGAUUUGAUGCAACUGUGUUAAAAGAGCUAGCUGCUCGGGGUCAUAAGGUUCAGGAAUCGAAAGCCGAUUUUGGAUUCGCUGCCUUAACAGCAAUAGCAAGGGAGGGAUAUUCUGUUUCAGCUGCCUUCGACAGAAGGCGGAGUGGCAGUGUGUCAGUCCGUCCACGAAAGACUGGGUUAGGUAAUUGUAUCUAAGUUUUAAGGAAUAAGAGUAAUGAGAAAAUGAAAUAAUUUGAACAGUUGUAGUACAAACCAUUUUAAAAACGUAUUAUUGUAGUUAAUGUAAUCGGCUGUUUGCUCAAAGCUUAAACAACUACCUGUUUACACUCUAUGAUAGAAGCCAGCACGCACCAAGGCCCUAGCAUUCAAGACACGUUUCCCCUAUUCGACAGAAAACGAUUACUUAACAGGCACUAAUGACGCCAACUAUUUAGCAUGCACUAGCUCACUUGCUGUUGUAAUUAAAAUCACGGUCAAAUUAA